AUGUGCCCAGUGUUAAUAAAAGGAAACAAAAGGGAAGUUGACGAAAAGGACCUCAUAGUUCCCAACAAGCAGUACGACUCCGAAAGACAGGGUGAUAUACUCGAAAGACAUUGGUUAGAAGAAUUGAAAAGAUCUGAAAAAGAAAAGAGAGAUCCUUCAUUAUGGAAGGCUUUGAAAAAAGCUUACUGGCUGUCAUACAUGCCAGGAGCAUUUUAUGUGGGUCUAUUAGGUAUUACAAGGACCGUUCAGCCAUUAUUAUUCGCCCGGCUGUUGUCAUACUGGACUGACCCGGUCAUGUCGCGGCAGGAGGCUGGCUUUUACGCGUUGGGCAUGCUCGGGAUCAACUUUGUAUCGAUGAUGUGCCAACACCACAAUAGUUUGUUUGUUAUGCGAUUCAGUUUAAAAGUAAAAAUAGCAUGCUCAGCACUCCUUUAUAGGAAGGUACUACGUAUGAGUCAAAUAGCACUGGGUGAGGUGGCUGGUGGCAAAUUGGUCAAUUUGUUGUCCAACGACUUAGCCAGAUUAGACUACGCUUUGAUGUUCCUCCACUACUUAUGGUUAAUACCGAUACAGACUUCUGUUGUUUUGUACCUGUUGUACAACGCAGCAGGAUACGCGCCCUAUGUUGGCUUAUUCUCAGUAAUCAUUGUGAUUUUUCCCAUACAAGCUUUCCUUACUAAAUUAACCGCCGUAAUAAGACGACAAACUGCUCAGAAAACUGAUAUAAGAAUAAAACUCAUGAAUGAAAUUAUUAACGGGAUUCAGGUAAUUAAAAUGUACGCAUGGGAAAUACCUUUUCAAAAAGCGGUAAAAAUAGCGCGAUCUCACGAAACAAGCGCAAUCAAGAAGUCAAUUUUCGUCAGGAGCGUAUUCAUUGGUUUUAUGAUAUAUACUGAAAGAACAAUCAUGUUUCUUACUAUUCUUACAAUUAUUCUUGGUGGCGAUAUGAUUUCUGCAUCUACGAUUUAUCCAAUUAAACAAUAUUUCUCCAUUAUUCAAUUUAACAUAACCAUGAUACUGCCGCAGCUGAUAGCCUCGUUGUCUGAAGUGAAAAUUUCAAUAGAACGUAUACAAGGAUUCAUGACAAUGGAGGAAAGGGGUGACGUCUCAACUGCAAACGACAAAUUACCCAAGGUUAAUACAACUGAAAUGUACAAUAGAAACAUAAAAUUACAACACAAUGCAAAAACGGUAGUUGAGACAAAUAACAUUGCUGCGAGUAAGUAUUCCUUGUACGACAAUCAUAAGUUAGAAGGCACCAAUAUCGUCGUGGAGAUAUCAGAAGCCACUGCAUCCUGGAUACAUGGCAUCCCUGACACAGAAUGUAGUCUUAAAAAUAUAUCAAUGUGUGUACGAAAGGGUCAACUUUGUGCUAUAAUUGGACCUGUUGGUGCCGGAAAGACUUCGCUUCUUCAACUUUUGUUAAAAGAAAUGCCUCUGCGAUCGGGCACUGUUAGUAUCCAAGGCACAGUAUCCUAUUCAUGUCAAGAGUCAUGGAUAUUUGCAAGCACUGUUCGACAAAAUAUUAUUUUUGGAUUACCUUAUGAUCCUGAGAAAUAUAAAGAGGUAUGCCGAGUUUGUUCAUUGUUGCCAGAUUUCAAGCAGUUUCCAUACGGCGAUUUAUCUUUAGUUGGUGAUCGUGGUAUUUCCCUUUCAGGAGGCCAGAAAGCCAGAAUAAACUUGGCCAGAACUGUGUAUAGAGAGGCUGAUAUUUACCUGCUAGACGACCCACUGUCAGCGGUGGAUGCAAAUGUAGGCCGGCAAUUGUUCGAGGGAUGUAUUAAGGGUUAUUUGAGAGGAAAGACAGUCAUACUUGUCACUCACCAGUUACAUUACCUCAAAGCAGCCGACUACUUAGUCGUCCUGAACAAUGGAAUGAUCGAAAAUAUGGGUUCUUAUAAUGAACUCAUAAAGUCUGAAGAAAAAAAUUCUUUCAUAUUGACCAAUCUUCAGGAAGAUGAUAGCGAAGAAAAAGAGAAUAUAUCUGAUGACAAGAGUGGUAAACCAAAUUCUAUAAAAAGAAGUAUGUCUGUUAAAACUGAAAAUGAAAACACAAAUGCCGAGAAGGAACAAAUUCUGGCUACAGAAGAAAGGGCCACGGGUAACUUGAAGUGGGAAGUAGUGAGCAGUUAUUUGAAGUCCGUCAAUUCUUGGUUUUUGGUGUUUCUGGCUAUUACUGCUAUGUUGAUAACCCAAGGCACCGCCACCACUUUAGACUACUGGAUUAGUUUCUGGACAAAUAAUGUGGACAAAUAUAUUCAAAAUUUACCUGAUGGCGUAGUUCCUGAUCCUAGCUUGGAUACUAAAAUAGGGCCAUUAUUGACUUCACAAUAUAUCUUAAUCCAUGGUUGUGUACUAUUAACAUUAAUAGUAUUUGUACACUUAAGAAUCUUAGCGUUCGUGUCUGUUGCUACACGAGCUUCGCGGAAUCUCCAUAAUAUGGUAUUCAACAAAUUAAUUGUCACUGUCAGGAGAUUUUUCGACACCAAUCCAACCGGUCGUAUUCUUAAUAGGUUCUCAAAAGACAUAGGCGCAAUCGAUGAACUGUUACCUCGUACUAUAUUGAUAACAUUGCAAAUGUAUUUCUCCAUGACCAGCGUGCUCAUUCUGAAUGCAGUAGCCCUCCCCUGGACCUUAAUACCCACCGUCAUACUAGUUAUUGUCUUCAUAUUCUUACUGAGGUGGUACCUCAAAGCUGCUCAGGCAGUGAAGCGGUUAGAAGGCACCACUAAAAGUCCAGUAUUUGGAAUGAUCAAUUCUACUCUCACGGGAUUGGUAACCAUUAGGAGUUCCAACUCUCAAUAUCGACUUCAGCGACAGUUUGACGACGCACAGGACCUUCAUUCGAGUGCCUUUUACACACAUUUAGGAGGAUCUGCUGCAUUUGGUUUAUACUUGGAUAGCAUAUGCUUAGUGUACCUAGGCAUUAUUUUGUGCAUUUUCCUUCUAUUUGAAUUCGAUGACGAUGUAAUACCAGUUGGAAGUGUGGGUAUGGCGGUGACCCAGUCGAUGGCACUGACAAUGUUGUUGCAAAUGACAGCGAGGGUCACAGCUGAAAUUCUCGGGCAGAUGACUUCGGUAGAGAGGGUGCUAGAAUAUACCAAGCUACCCUCCGAAAAAUAUAUGGAAAAUGGAACCACUAUACCACCGAAUGAUUGGCCUUUGAGAGGAGAAGUGAAAUUUGAAAAUGUCUUUAUGAAAUACGGCCUUGACGAUCCUUCAGUUUUGAAGAAUUUAAAUUUUGUCAUCCGUGAGGGCUGGAAGGUCGGCGUAGUAGGUCGAACGGGAGCCGGUAAAUCCUCACUCAUAUCAGCAAUCUUUCGUCUUUGCGACAUCGAAGGUAGCAUCAAAAUUGAUGGAAUAGAUACACUAGGAAUCUCUAAAAAGGAUUUAAGAUCGAAGAUAUCCAUUAUACCUCAGGAACCAAUUUUAUUUUCCGCAACGAUACGAUACAAUUUAGACCCGUUUGAAAAUUACAACGACGUUGAGAUUUGGAGAGCUCUAGAGCUGGUGGAACUAAAGGAAGCAGUGCCAGCUCUUGAUUAUAAAGUGUCUGAGGGUGGGAGCAACUUCUCCAUGGGACAACGUCAGCUCAUCUGUCUCGCUCGUGCUAUUCUGCGCUCCAAUAAAGUACUCAUCAUGGAUGAAGCUACCGCCAACGUCGACCCACAGACUGACACAUUGAUCCAGAAGACAAUACGUAACGUGUUCACGAGCUGUACUGUGAUCACGAUCGCCCAUCGUCUGAACACGAUCAUGGACUCGGACCGCGUGCUGGUGAUGGACAAAGGUCACGCUAUCGAGUUCGACUACCCUUAUAUUCUGCUCUCCAACCCAGAUAGUACUCUUAAUUUAAUGGUCAAGGAGACCACAGACAGUAUGAGUAAAGCAUUAUAUGAAAUAGCUAAGAUGAAAUAUGACAGCGAUAAUCUUAACCAAUAG